GUAUUGUCAUAUAAACAAAUACCAGCUAGGCAAUGUAUGCGUCUUUGUAUUAGUGUGCAAUAUGCUUAAGAGGAACAACAUUGUCAGUGAGCAAUUUUGACGAUCGACAUCAAAAGCAAUAUUAUUUGUGAUUCUAAUCACUGCAAACAGACAAAUUUUAAAUUCUAAACUGCAAAAAUACCAAUUUUAAUCAUCUUAAUAAUCACCUCAAAAUUUAAGAUUUGUAAAAAUUAAAAUAAAAUAAAAACGAUGCAAAAUUUGGAUAUUUCAUUAUUAAUUUUGCCAAAAAGUAAAGAAAUGUAUCAGAACGAAUUGGACGCCAUCGAUAAUCAGUAUGAUUCAAGUGCGAGCGAUGUGAAAAAAUCGAAAUUCAUUGAAAAAGUUAAAAUUUAUAAGGAAUGGAUGAACGAUUUAGUUCGGGCCAUAACUAUGGCCGACGAAACAAUUGAUAACAUGAAAGAAUUGAUAGAGCAAUCGAAAGAAAGUAUACAAAGAAAUGGUGAACAAUUGCAUGCAUUACGCGACGAUUUGGAAUAUGUUCGACAAGAAUUGCAACACGAUGAUUCGGGAAUCGGUGAAAUGCUGACAGCCACAACGAACAUGGAUAACCAUCACAUUCAUUUUGAGCGUCGUUCAAUUGAAUUAUCCCAAGCCAUCGACCAGUCAUCACACGAAUUAUCUCAAUUAUCGGAGCAAAUGACGAAACUGAAUGAAGCAAAAGCAUCCAUCAAUUCACAGUACACAGAUUUUCAAGCAAAAUUCGACCAAUUAACAACGGAAGCCCAGGAAAUCGAUUGAAGCCCAGGAAAUCAAUUUGGUCCAACUUCAAAACUUUUUAAAAUUAUUUCUACAAAUUUUAAACAUCCAACAUCCGUUAAAUUUUAAAAAAAUGUCAAGAGAAAUACAUAAAAUACUCUGUCUCAGCCAGAAUAAAUCUCAUUUUUUUAAA